GUUCCUCGUAUCUGAAUCAUGAAGGUCUGCUAUAAAUCCACUACCGGUGUUUGCUUCUUAAUAUUUUACCUGAUGGUCAUUGUCAGCGGAGGGCGUGAUUUUUAUAAAAUCUUGGGUGUGUCAAAAGGAGCUACUGUAAAGGAGAUAAAGAAGGCUUAUCGAAAGCUUGCCUUGCAGCUUCAUCCAGACAGAAACCCUGAUGAUCCUAAUGCACAAGAAAAAUUUCAAGACUUGGGGGCUGCCUAUGAGGUGCUUUCAGAUGAAGAAAAAAGAAAGCAAUAUGAUACAUAUGGCGAAGAGGGGUUAAAAGAUGGACAUCAAAGCUCCCAUGGUGAUAUAUUUUCUCACUUCUUUGGAGAUUUUGGGUUCAUGUUUGGAGGCAAUCCACGACAACAAGACAGAAAUAUACCACGAGGUAGUGAUAUUAUUGUUGAUUUAGAAGUGACAUUGGAAGAGGUAUACUCUGGAAACUUUGUAGAAGUUAUAAGGAACAAACCCGUAGCUCGACAGGCACCAGGCAAACGUAAAUGUAAUUGUCGCCAAGAGAUGAGAACUACACAGCUGGGUCCUGGACGCUUUCAGAUGACACAAGAGGUUGUGUGUGAUGAGUGCCCAAAUGUGAAACUUGUAAAUGAGGAGAGAACAUUAGAAGUGGAGAUUGAGCCAGGAGUUCGAGACAGCAUGGAGUACCCCUUCAUUGGAGAAGGAGAACCCCAUAUUGAUGGAGAGCCAGGGGACUUGCGUUUUCGAAUUAAAGUUCUCAAGCACCCCAUAUUUGAAAGAAGAGGAGAUGAUCUUUAUACAAAUGUUUCCAUCUCUUUAGUUGAAGCUCUUACAGGCUUUGAAAUGGAUAUCGCUCAUUUGGAUGGUCAUAAGGUUCACAUAUUGCGGGAUAAAAUUACUAAGCCAGGAGCAAAAUUGUGGAAAAAAGGGGAAGGUUUGCCAAACUUUGACAAUAACAACAUAAAAGGUUCUUUAAUUAUAACAUUUGAUGUUGAAUUCCCAAAAGAACAGCUAACGAUGGAGCAACGACAAGGUGUGAAACAAUUAAUGAAGCAAAACUCAAUACAAAGGAUUUACAAUGGGCUGCAAGGAUAUUGAUGAAAGAUUUAAAUAUUGGGAAUUUUUGGCCUUAUUUGUUUGUGCUUUUGUUUCUUUUAUAAUAAAUGUCACAACUAUUUACUCUGAAA